AUGGUGGAUAUGGAAAACUUGAAAGAGCUUCUUUUAGAUGGAACAUCUAUAGAAGGGCUACCCUCAUCAAUUGACCGUCUAAAAGGCCUCAUUUUAUUGAAUCUGAGGAAAUGCCAAAACCUUAAAUUGCUUGAAAAUAUUGCAUUUAGUAUUGUUUUUCCUGGCAGUGGAAUUCCCGAGUGGAUCUGGCAUCAGAAUGUGGGAUCGUUUAUAAAAAUAGAGCUGCCUACAGAUUGGUACAAUGAUGACUUCUUAGGAUUUGUUCUCUGCUCUAUUCUUGAACAUCUCCCUGAGAGAAUUAUAUGUCGAUUGAAUUCUGAUGUUUUUUAUUAUGGAGACUUGAAAGACUUUGGUCAUGAUUUCCAUUGGAAAGGAGACAUUCUUGGGUCAGAACACGUCUGGCUGGGUUAUCAACCAUGUUCCCAGUUGAGGUUGUUUCAAUUCAAUGACCCCAAUGACUGGAAUUACAUUGAGAUUUCUUUUGAAGCAGCCCACAGAUUCAACUCAAGUGCAUCCAAUGUGGUGAAGAAGUGUGGGGUAUGUCUUAUAUAUGCAGAAGAUCUUGAAGGAAUCCAUCCACAAAAUAGAAAACAACUUAAGAGUAGGGGAUGUAAUGUAGUCGAGAGAAGCAGUGACAGAGAUGGACUCCAUGGAAGUGGAAUGGACUCUAGUUCUAGUGGUAGCAGUCAGGGGCCCUCUAACAGUCCCACGCUCAAGCUCAAGCGCAAACGCCCUCAAGAAUGA